CCCCCGCUGGUCCCUCCCGACCCGGUACAGCUGCUUCCGGGCUCUCACCGCUCUGGGAGGCCGCGCUCUCCAGACGCCGGGCCGCACAGCUACUCGCCGCGCGAUCACCCAGUCGCCUGGGUCCCCAGAGACUUCCUGUUCCUUGAGCUCCCUUGGGCUGCGGUUUAAGGUUCCCGAAAUUCAGGACCGAAAGGACCCUGGGCCACCACCUUCAAUUUUCCUUCUUCAAUGGAGCACCACCUCUCCACUUUCUGGGACACUCUGGGAUGUGGUCUUGGUGAGUGAAACUUGGGGUGCUGACUGUUGGGAAGGAAAUCUGAACAUUGUGGGUGUGACCCUGGCCUUAUCGGGCCCUAGAAGUCUUGUUAGCGUGUGGGGUGGCAAAUGGAUUUCUUCUCACCUCGACUGACACGGAAGCAGGCCAUUUCACAGUAGGACGACAUCACCAAGCAGAUACCUCUUCUGAACCGGAACUGAUUCUGGCUUCUGUGGAGAGCCCGAGAGUCUUAAGCAAAGUCAGGAAGGGGUCACAGAUUUGGGAAGCUCAAUUUGCACAGCUCAAUUAUGUUCCUUCGACGGCUUGGUGGCUGGCUACCUCGACCUUGGGGCCGAAAGAAAUCUGCGAAGGCUGAUUUGCCUGCCCCAGAACCCAGAUGGGUGGACAGCUCCCCGGAGAAUUCAGGGAGUGACUGGGACAGUGCUCCAGAGUCCAUGGGAGAUGUGGGACCUCUUAAGACCAAGGAUUCAGGAACACGGAGGCCCCCCGGGGCUGCUCCGGAGCCUAGCAGGGACGUCAAGGUGGAUCAACUGGGAAGCAAAAGAAUGGAUUCUCUCAAGCGGGACAAGACUGCCUCGACCAUUCAAGAAUCUGUAAGACGGGAGGCUGGAGGAGCCAUUCCAGGACUGGUCUGGGGUCCUGUGGCUUCAGGUGACACAACGAACCUUGCAGUGUCCCCUCAAGGGGGACGAGGCACCACUGGGCCAGAAGCCCUACUGGAGAAACCUGGUCGCCGUCAGAAGCUGCUGCGUUGGCUGCGGGGGGAACCAGGGGCUCCCUCACAUUACCUGCAGGACCCAGAGGAGUAUCUCCAGAUCUCUACCAACUUGACCCUGCACCUGCUGGAGCUGCUCGCCUCAGCCCUGCUGGCUCUGUGCUCUAGGCCACUCCGAGCCAUCUUGGAUGCUUUGGGCCUUCGAGGACCUGUGGGCCUCUGGCUGCACGGGCUACUGUGUUUCCUGGCCGCCCUGCAUGGUCUCCACGCUGUGCUGAGCCUCCUUACUGCCCACCCCCUGCAUUUUGCCUGCCUCUUUGGCCUGUUGCAGGCCCUGGUGCUGGCUGUCAGCCUCCGGGAACCUGUUGAGGAUGAGGAGAGCGCUGAUUGGGAGAGUGAGGGGCAGGAGAGGGAGGCCAAGGAGCAGAGGGAAGGUCCAGGAAGGGUGCUGUGACUGGGAGAGGGUGGGAGCAAAGGGUAAAGAUAGUGGGGUGGCCUUUAGGAGGAAGGUGGGGAGACCCAGAUUGUAAGCACAGCGACCUCAGGGAUGGAACUCAGGCACAAGACGCUUCCGUCACAAACUCAACACACAGGGCUCUCUAGGGUGGCCAGUAGUGGACACUGGGGCAUUACCAUUGAAGUCACCAGCUGUUGUUACUUCUUGCUUUUACAUUGAGCCACCGUUUUGUUUUUUAAUUCCCACCUCCACUUUUUAAAAGUAAAAUAGGAUAAAAGCAACUGUAGAGAAUGGACACAACAGGGCUCUUUCCAAGCCCAGGGGUGGGCGGGGCCAGAGGCAAGACAGAGAUCUCUACAUUAAGAUGUGAUGGGGAGUCCCAUGGAUCCUAGGACCAGAACCGUCUAGGAAAGAGUGAGGCUGUGAGGGAGAAGAAGGGGCUACAGGUGCUGUGGUGCCUGCUGGGAGGGUCUGACAGUCGGUGGAAGCCGGAAGAACCAUGACUGCUGUGGGCCGGAUUGGCAUGAGGAGCAGCACAGAGGAACUGGCCGCUCGGUCAGGCAGUGGGGAAGCCCAGCGCCUGCCUCUCCACUCAGGCGCGGGCCUUGUUCACUCAGCAAUAAAUGUGCCACACUACAUCCUAAAUACACCAGUCCAGUGUGA